GACGUGCACCAAUAGAGACGCACAACCACCGGGCUCCCUCGCUUUCUUUUUUUAAAAUCCCCUAACUGGAACUAAACCUACCUACCUACCUCGCUACCAACCGGCACCACAGAAACGCAUUUUAUACCCGUGCGCUUUUAUUUCCGCCACACUCUGUCUGUGACUGAGAAAUGAGCCCCGCAGCCCUUUCACUGUGGAUUCUCCUACAGUGUGCCGCCACGCUCCUCUCGCCAGCUGCCGGGGGAAACACCGUUCUUAAAGGUGCAGACCCUGGAUUGGAAGAACUGUCAACAAAUGACAAGCCUCUCCAUGGUGGGGUCAAGUACAACAUGAGGAAGAGUUUAGAUCUGGACCAGGAGGGCUGCUACCUGCAGACCGGCAAGAAGGAGUGUCUGGAGGAGUGUGGCUUCAAUGCCACGGCCAAGACGAUUUUCAUCAUCCACGGCUGGACGAUGAGCGGGAUAUUCGAAAGCUGGAUGCACAAGCUGGUCUCCGCGUUGAUGCAGCGCGAAAGCGAGGCUAACGUGGUGGUCGUCGACUGGAUAGCGAUGGCUCAGCAGCUGUACCCCGACGCGGUCAACCACACCCACGAAGCCGGCCUCCAAAUCGCUGGCAUGAUCAACUGGCUUCAGGACGAGCAGCAGCUGCCUCUGGAGAAAGUGCACCUGAUCGGCUACAGUCUAGGCGCCCACGUAGCAGGCUAUGCUGGCAUGUUCGUGCGAGGGACCAUCGGCCGAAUCACCGGUCUGGACCCAGCAGGACCGAUGUUCGAGGGCGUAGAGGAACGGAAGCGCCUCUCCCCAGACGAUGCCGACUUCGUGGAUGUUUUGCACACGUACACGCGAGAGGCUUUGGGUGUGAGCAUUGGGAUCCAGCAGCCAAUCGGGGACAUUGACAUCUACCCCAACGGUGGUGACGUGCAGCCCGGCUGUGCACUGGGAGAUGUGUUGGCAGUGGCUGGAAAUUUCAUGGAGGUGAUGAAGUGCGAGCAUGAGCGCGCCGUGCACCUGUUCGUGGACUCCUUGAUGAACAAGGACCACAUGAGCUUCGCCUACCAAUGCACCGGCCCAGACCGUUUCAAGAAGGGCAUCUGCCUCAGCUGCCGCAAGAACCGCUGCAAUAAUAUUGGGUACAACACCCGGAAGAUGCGCAAGAGGCGUAACAGUAAAAUGUACCUGAAGACGCGUGCUGACAUGCCCUUCGGAGGCUACCACUACCAAAUGAAGAUGCACGUGUUCAACAGAAAACAGGCAGACAACGCAGAUCCAACCUUCCACGUCAAGUUGUACGGAGCCCAUAACGACACGGCAAACAUAUUUGUUGACGUCCAUGAUGAGACUGUCGGUCUGAACCUAACCAACACCUUCUUGGUGUUUACUGAGAAGGAUAUCGGCGACCUGCUGAAGAUCCGUCUGAGCUGGGAAGGAGAUUCUGAAACCUGGAACUCUGUGUGGAAGAACAUCAAGAAGAAUUUCUGGGCCUGGAACGCAAAGCCUCCCAAACCUGUGCUGGCAGUCCGGCGGAUUCGUGUGAAAGCUGGGGAAACGCAGAAGAAGUUUACGUUCUGUGCCCAAGAUCCUGCAGCAAUUGAAAUUUCACCAGGGGACUCUAUAACAUUCGUGAAAUGUCGUGAUGGCUGGGAAGUGAAGCCAAGAAAACGGCUGGCCAUUUAACAACUCUGCACUUCCAACAACCGAAGCGCCAUCACCAUGGGGGACCCAAUGUGGAUCAGGGGGAGGCACCGCCUUCUCUUCAUUUCAGCACUUUUUUUUUUUUUUGUAGGAGGAAGAUUGAGCAGCGCACGGUGAUAGGGGGCUCGACUGGACUCUUAACCGCACCUGGAAGGUUUCUGAUAGUUUAUUUAGACGAGGAUUUGUCCGGCCGGGAAAAAUAACACGCAGGCUGUGAAGCGAGGGGCUGUCCUGAAAUGUGUUACGAUGGCCCGAGGAGUUGCAGAACGUUCCUUGUGCGACUAGUGACGUAGAAUUCAGAUCUGUGCCAGUUGACAUGCGCCAGCAAUUGUAGUCUCUGUACUGUACAUUUUAAAAUAUUUUUUAUUUAUGAGGAAAAUGGAAGCACUGCAAGACCAACGUUAUUUAUCUGAGCACAUCCCAUAAUGAAGCAUAUGUUGAAUGCAUUUCUCCAAGAUGCAGUAUUUUUAUGUUUGUUUGUGUACUGUAUGUUGUGUGGGUGUUUGUCUGUUGUGACCAAGAAGUGUGCCUUUCUGCUGAGAGAUUACUGAUACACUGUAUAACUGCCGGAGACGCCUGAUCUCAUUGCACGAGACCUUUUCUGAAGUUUUUGUGCAUAAUGUUAAUGUUACUGUAUGUGGCUUUUUUUGGGGGUGUGUUUAUGUACAUAAUGUAAAUAUGUUUUUGGAAAAAAUAAAUUCACCUGUCAUUUGUA